CGUGAAACUACAACGUUUCCAGGUGGCGCGUUCGAAGGCGUGGAAGACCAGGUGUCGCCGUUCGGGUACGGGCGCGGCGAGGGUGUGGACGCCGGCCACGGCGACCCUGAGUGGAUCUGCAGCAAGGAGAAGCCACACUACGACGAGAUCUUCAAGACGCUCAACCCCAUCGACGGGAAAGUGACCGGCGCCGCGGCCAAGACGGAGAUGGUGAAGUCGAAGCUGCCCAACUCGGUGCUCGGCAAGAUCUGGAAGCUAUCGGACAUCGACAAGGACGGGUUCCUCGACGAGGAGGAGUUCGCGCUCGCCAUGCACCUCAUCAAGGUGAAGACCAACGGGCACGACCUGCCCCCCGAGCUGCCCUCCCAUCUGGUGCCGCCCUCCAAGCGCAACUGAGAGCUGCCGCUGCACCUCCACCACUGCCCCUCCCGCCCGCCGCCCGCCGCCCCGCGCCGCGUCACCUGCGCCCGCGCACGCAUUGUACUGGUUUCGAUCACAAAUCAGUACACAUGGUGUGCCCCCGGUUACUCACGGUUUCGUAUUUGUUUCGCUGCGGCUCGUACCGAAGCCCCGGCUCCGGACCUCGCCUCCCCCCUCUCUUCACACACUUCCUGUGAUUAGUAGUGGAGUAGUCUGCUUUGUAGCACUUACGACUCGCGUGUGCGGGGUUGCCACCGGUUGAAUUGUCAAUAACUAUGGAUUCGGUUUCCUAAGAACCAAGUAUAUAAAAAUGCUGAGAUAAAAUUUUAUAUUUGAAUAUUUUAUCUAUGAGUGGCAGCUCUAUGCAUGUAGUCUGUUAUUUGUAAACUUUGUGGAGACCAAAGUGGGUGCAUGUUGUCUAAUCGCGAAUCAGCAGUCGCCGGUCGCUGAGGACGACCUUCUUUACAAAUCAACCAAACCGACCGAUUAAUUACAUAACUGGUUGGCGACACCGUAGGCCGCUUGUGAAAACUAUUACAAUAGGAUUUACAUAAUUAUUCGGAAAGUGCGCGCUUCUAUAUAAAUUGGAAAGUUUGUCGUAAAUAUUUGAGAGUUUAGUGUGAAUGUUUAAUAACGCUGAGUGGGAGAGGGCGGCGCAGGGCGACGUCUUGUACCAAAUUGUCACGAGUGUAGUUCUCGUCUGAGAUGAAAUGGCGUCCAACAAUCACUAACGAUUUAAUACUAGCUUUAUUUAAUUGGUGUCAAAGGAGGGCUAUUAUUAAAAAAAAACUAAAAUCAGCAUUUAAGGUUUUACCUGUAUCAAAGUAUUUCGCCUGAGUAUUGUGCUGGACUCGGGAACAUGACGUCAUUUCAACUCGGACGACGUUGUCUGUACAACACUAUACAAAGUGCUACUGCGUUACUGCGGCUAAUGUUUUAAGCAUUUUAUAUUGAAAUUGUUUUUCGGGGCGUUCGAAAUGUUUAUAUAAAGACGUAUUUAUAAAAUUGUUAAUAUUGUUCAAAAUUGUAGUGCGUUCAGCUGCAUCCAAUGAAUUAGCUUUAUUUUUUACUUAAUGUACUGUUAUAUUCAACUGAGAGCGUAACCGCGACCGCAACAACUUCAUACCGCUUUUGUCAUGUACCGCGAACAACAAAAUUAACUUUCAGUCAAUUCAAAAUUAAUAUUGUGUAUAGUCCUAAUAUCAACGUGUACCGACCUUUGGCCAGAAUAUUAACCUUUUUUUUUAUUUCGGCAAAUAAUUAGCAAUGUAACUAUGCAUACAGCAUUGUGACAUAAUAUUAUAUAAUGUUGUUUUCGGUAGCGCCGUGAAGUUGCCUGCGAGUCGGUAGAGUGAAGUGUAAUGGCGGCCGCCGGUCGCCGUUGUGUUGUCAGUUGUGUCGCGCGGUAUGCAGCGACGUCGCGAGACCGCAGUAUAAAUUAUUGUUAAACAAACGUUUAUGAUUAUUUUAAGUACAUCUAUUGUUUGUUGCUCUUAGUUAUGAUACGAUUAUUUAAUUCAUCUUAAGGUUUCAUUAUUUAACACCUCUUCAACAUUUUAUUUUUGUUUUAGAGUUAUUUACAUGUCGCCUGUAACGAUAACAGAUGUUUUAUUUUGCAUAAUCAUUUAAAAAUAUUUUUCUAUUUAUUAUCAAAUUUAAUAAUGUUUAAAUUCGUUUAUUCGUUCCUAUUAGUGAUGAUUGCGAUCAUACAAACAUUAUUAUAAGUUUUAUAAAGGCAAUACUUACCGUGUAUGAUUUAGAUUCAUGUCAAUAAGUGCUUUCAUUCGCUUUUUUACUGCAUUUAUUUGUUAGUUGAAGUUCGGUGCCUUCGCUGCGUGUAUCAGCUUGUGUGCUGGUGCUCAACAUCAUUGGUAAGGAGUGAGGAGUGAGGAUGUAAGGCCGACACCGUCAGUGUUCCCGCGCUUCCACCGUCACGUCACUACACCUACUUAUGUCUAGACAGUAUCACACAAAAAUAUUAAAGGGAGUGUUAUAUGCACUAACUGGUAUGGCCAUGAGGUGUCAGAUAGCAUACGUAACAUCUGAACUGUAUGCGUGGUAUGGUGCGGGAACACCGGCCGGGGAAUGUCGAAUAUAACAACAUUUUCGCGUGGGUUUGUGUAAAUACAUGGUGUUUAUAUCGAUAUUGGUGUCGCCAGCCCGCGCGUGUUACCGCGUGUUGUCGCGUGUUACCGCGUGUUGCCGCGUGUUACUGCGUGUUGCCGCGUGUUACCGCGCGAGGACGCGACGCGGGUGGCGCCACGAGUUUUUACAUUUUGCUACUAUGUGUACAUAAAGAUAUGUAAAUUGAUUACAAUUAUCGUAAAUUAUACAUAGUGUGUAAUAAAUAGUUAAGAAAGCACA